UAUGAUGACUAUAUUAUCGCUGAUUGAGGAUUGACCAAUCCUCAUUCAACACGAUUAUACUAUGCUUUUGUUUAUUAUUGAUCUAGCCCAUAAUUUUAGUUCUGUGGGGGAUAGAUUUGGUAUCUCUAAAUCUAAAUGUUGAGAUGUCCUUUAUAGGACCUGCCAUUCUAUCCUAGCAUUAAAUCAGCAUUUUGGCAUAAUAGCCUGGCCUACUGGAGAAAACGCAUUAGGAAUUAUCAGAUGUUUUCAAGAAAUUAGCGGAUUUAAAGGUGUUCUAGGAUGUAUUGAUGGGAGUCAUAUUAAAAUAUUGCCACCAAAAAAUUAUCCAAACUCUUACUGCAACAGAAAAAGUUUUCAUUCUGUGUUAUUGCAAGGUGUUUGUGAUAAUAAAAGAUUAUUUACCCAUGUUUAUGCGGGCGAGCCAGGAUCAAUACAUGAUAAUAGGCUCUUUGAAAAGUCAGAUUUGUACACAGGAAUGGAAAAUGGAGAUAUAACUUUUCCUGCCGACAGUCACAUGCUUGGUGACUUGGCCUAUCAGUUAAGGUAUUGCCUUCUAGUUGGUUUUAAAGAUCAUGGGAAUCUGACAAAUAGACAAAAAAAUUUUAAUUUAAAAUUAUCACAAACAAGAGCAGCAAUUGAAAAUGCAUUUGCCCUACUGAAAGGGAGGUUUCGUAGGCUUAAGUUUAUGGAAACUGUAAGGUUAGAUUUGAUAUGUUUAUUGAUUGUAUCGGCAUGUGUAUUGCAUAAUAUAUGCAUUCUCAAAGGGGACAAUCCUGAACAUCUAUUUAAUUUGGAAGAAGAAUUGGAGGAAGAGAGAAGAGUUAAUGGCGCAAACAUUUUGGAGUUACCUCAAAACAAUCAACCCGCUUUAGAAAAGAGAGCAAAUAUUAUGAAUGGACUACCACUGGAUGUACAGUUUCUAUAAAUUCCAAAAUGCAACAUUCAAAUUUUAAUUUAAAUUAACAAUUGAAAAUUGGAAAAUAUUAAAAUGUUUAUCUCCUAACUAGUUUUGUGUAAUAUCUGCUGACAUCCCUGCAUUUGCGAAAAUAUUUUUAAAAUGUAGAUUAGCACUUCCUAUGGCUUUAUAUGUAACCCAAGCGUGUAUGACAG